GGCUAGCCAACUUUAGCUAUAGCACACAUCAACCAUUCACGACAUAAGAAGCUGAUUUGAAGCUGCAAAAAGGAAAAAGCAAGAAAAAGCAAAGGACUUCCAUUGGUAGCAGGGCAGUGUUGGAACAUAACGGUGGUGAAUAAGGAAACAGGAUUUAUUAUCUUAUUCGUUAAACCUGUGUCUCUAUGAUUUUGUGGUUUCGUUCGUUUUAUGUAUUGGGUUUGGAACACGACUAAGGCAGUAAUUGGAAUGGUCGUAAACCAAGUUCGUCAGCUGUAACAUUGUGAAUAGAAAAACAUGAGCUCCUAUUUUGUGAACCCUCUCUUUUCCAAGUACAAAGGCGGUGAAACGUUGGAACCAACUUACUAUGACUGCAGGUUCCCUCAAAGCGUCACCCGGAGCCACGCGCUGGUGUACGGUGCAGGAUCGGCGGCGCCAGGCUUUCAGCACCCGCCCCAUCACGUCCAAGACUUCUUCCACAGUGGGACGCCGGGGAUCUCCACACCAGGCUUCCAGCAGAAUCCAUGCCCCUUGGCAUGCCAUGGAGAUGCCACAAAAUUUUAUGGAUACGAAGCCCUUCCGAGACAAACGCUUUAUGGCACCCAACAAGAGGCGAGCGUGGCGCAAUACCCAGACUGUAAAUCGUCAAAUGGCACUAACCUCGGAGAAGGACAAGGCCACCUAAAUCAAAACCCGUCUCCUAGUCUCAUGUUUCCAUGGAUGAGACCGCACGCCCCCGGAAGACGCAGUGGCCGACAGACCUACAGUCGAUACCAAACACUGGAGUUGGAGAAGGAAUUUCUCUUCAACCCUUACCUCACCCGUAAGCGUCGGAUCGAGGUGUCUCAUGCUUUAGGGCUGACCGAGCGGCAGGUUAAGAUUUGGUUCCAAAACCGACGGAUGAAAUGGAAAAAGGAGAACAACAAAGACAAAUUUCCGGGCCAAAGAGGAGAGAUGGAGGUGGAGGGAGAGGCAGAGGGCGAGGGUGAGUACGAAGAUGAAGGCAACGAUGACGGUGAAGGGGAAGAUGGAGACAAAAAGGAAACAAGAGAGGAAGAGGACACAAAAGAGUGAUUUGAAUUGUUUUUUUUUAUGAUUACAUGGCUUAAAGUUGAAGAUGGUAGCGGGAGAGGCCCGGAACAUUGAGCUGAGAGAGAGAGAGAGAGAGAGAGAGAGAGAGAGAGAGAGAGAGAGAGAGAGAGAGAGAGAGAGAGAGAGAGAGAGAGAGAGAGAGAGAGAGAGAGAGAGAGAGAGAGAGAGAGAGAUCACAUUUUAUGACCACCGUUUUAUUGGGUUAACAAGUUAGACACAUCCUUUAAAGACACAUUUAAAACACAAAAACAAAUAUUCCACAAUACUGACGACGGAUCAGCUUCUAUAGAGAUAUUGCAAUUUAUGCCUGCACAUAGGCUAUUGUAGGCAGCAUAUUAUCCUUACCCAAUCAUAAUGCACUAACUCACAAAUUGGGCACAUCAUUGCGCACAUGUUGUCACACAUCAUGAAACACAUAGAGGCAAAAAUGACAGACAUUAGCCUAGUCGCAAAAUAGAACUCAAUUGAUUCAACAUUACAUUGAUUUCAGUAUUAUUGAAAUAGCCUAUAUAGGCUAAUGUAGCCUAUUGAUAUUUUAAUGCAGUCAUCUCAGUUUUCUUUUUAAGCGAAAUGUUAUCCUUCACUUGUUUGUAACAAUUGUAAAUACUUUGUAUUUGUAGUCAACUUCAUUCUGAAGUUAACGGCAGUUACAGUCAGACAGAUCUUGAUUUCAUGUUUAUCGGAGAUCUUCUGUGAAUAAAGUCACACGGAAGGGCAAAAAAGCGUUUAAAGGAUGCACUUUGGCUGCUCUUCGAGUGGUCUGGAUCACUUCUACAUGUACGAAGGUUGCUAAGAGCCACGAUACUAACGAAGGCUCUGGGAAACACCUCGGCUAGAUACAUCGUAUGAAGGUUCUAAUGAUGAUCUUAACGCUACAAAGGCUCUGGGAAACGAUGCCCAGCUCUGUUUUGCAGAAAAUAACUAUCUUUAGGAGAAUAAUCACUGCUUAUAAUAUCUAGCUUAAAACGAUGCAAAUGCCCACAAAACACAGAGACUAAGCACUAGCAAAACACUCAUAUGGUCCACAGAAUGUACAAGCGGAGGAUGGCUAGAAAUGUUUCAGUGUUCAAUCAAUGUUGUCAUUCGAGGAAAAGGGUUGAUUAUUAAUACACAUUAUUUGUACUUUUUGUGUUUUGUUUUUCCUCCGAAGUAUUAUUUAUGUGAAUUUGUAUGUUUAAUGGGGUGAUGGGAGUUUUUUUAUUGGCCACUGUCAAUUCCACAUUUGGAGUCAUGAGUAGUCUCUAUAAUGUGGGAAAUUGCAAUAUGGAUUAUUGGUUAGGAGGUACAUUUCAUAAGGGAUAUUUCAUAUUAUUGUCUCAAAUAUACUAGUGUGUGUAUUGUAAUGUAUUUUUUUGGAUUGCAACUGCUCGGGCAUAUUCAAUCCGAUAAGCCUAUCAAAAACAAAACAUAUAAGAAAUUCUCCAUAUAUUGAAUAUUUAUUGAUUAUUGACCUAAUUUAGAUAAAUCAAAGAUUCUAACCAUAUAGGAAGGCAGCAAUAACUUAUGUGAUUAGUAGCCUACUGCUGAUUUGAAUAUCGGGAAAUCAGCCUUUACUGCCUAAAUAGGACGCACUUGGAGGUAAUGUUAAAAUCUACCAACAAAGCUGUAUUGUCAAUAACAAUGUUGAUCUAUACAUUUUUACGAAAGUGACAAGGCAGUCCAAGGACAGGCCUAUAGCUAUAACACAUUUAUUGCAUUUGAUUGCAUGAUACUUAUGGUGCUACUUGUGGCGGUACAGUUCUAGGCCUAUAUUGAAAUAUCUUUGAAACAAGUGUCUCUGCGUCACGUCAUACUAGCUAGUCAGCCAUUGGACUUUGUCACAAACAUUGGUGUCCCAACAACUUAAACUGCCUAAAGUAGCCUAAUGCACAUUUAUUUAACCAACAGCCUAUGUUAUAAUUGAACGAGGAAUUGUACUUCGUCGAAUAUUUCAUCAACUUUUAAACAUUAUUACAUUAUUGUGAUGAUCCAAUAGACUCGUUUUUUUAUUGCACUGAUGAUGACCUCUACGUAUGUCUUCGUAUAUCUUGUUGUAUUGAUAAGCUUGAUUUCUUAUGUUUUAAGUUAAAGGAGGGGAUGUUGAUUCUGAAUGCACACACCCUCGACAUUGACUUAUUGAAAUAAAUGGCAAAACCUGAA